AUGUCACACAAAGCUUCCAAUGUGUUUUCCUGGCUACUGCUUCUGAUUCUUGUUCAUAAAUAUUCUACCAUGGAGCUCUCUCAAGCAAAAACUCACCCUGAUGCUGUCUCUGCUCCCAUUCCUAUGAAAGUGGAUAUGAGGCCAUUCAUAGCAAGGGAGAAUCUUGGAAGCUCAGAAGCCCUGAAAGAGCUUUCAGGUUCAUCAGACAGAUUGGAAGACCAUUCAAAUAGUCAGGGAGAGAAGACCAACUCAGUGGCCAUAAAUAUUGAAGAUGAAACUGUACAAGAUGGUUCCAAGGGAAAACCAAUGGCAAAUCUCCCAGGGAAACCUUCCUCUGAGUCUGAUGGAGUCAUCAAUUCUUCAUAUAAAUCACCUUUGUCUUCAAUUGUCCCUGGAAGAUUGGUUCUAUAA